AAAUUUAUAGGGCAUCAUAGUACCUUAGCUUAGCGAACUGUUGAACUUCUAUUAGGUGACUAGGUACUCGCUGAUGUAGCCAUGCGUCCUGCAGCGGGUGUAUCCGAACCCGAGGUAACAAUAUCCCGGUUGAUGAGGACCAAUCAGACAGAUUUCCGACAAAUUAGGAAAUACUCCAUCGUGGGCAGAGACACUAUUGGCUACUCCCCCGCAUCUACCCCUGAACUCUUCCCCUCAUGAGAACCCCGCCGACCUCGCCCAUAUAUGCAGCUAGCUCCAAGAGACGACUCGAAGUCAGUAUGUUUGCUAGACAUAUGCGUUUUGUUUCUUCUUUUCCGCUGUAUAUACCAUGGGGAAGAUUUCGAAGAUAGAAUAUUUCCGCGUGCCGCCGCGUUGGUUGUUUGUGAAAAUCACGACCGAUGAUGGUGGCGUGGGUUGGGGAGAAGCCAGUUUAGAAGGCCACACCCAAACUGUGGAAGGUUGCCUCGAUGCAUGGGCGGAGCGAUACUUGGGCUUUGAAGCUGAUGACAUCGAACACAUAUGGCAACUGUCAUAUCGGGGAGGUUUCUACCGAGGAGGCCCUGUGCUUAUGAGCGCUUUGAGUGGGAUAGACAUUGCGCUAUGGGAUUUGAAAGCGAGAAAAUUAGGUGUCCCUAUCUAUCAAUUAUUGGGCGGAAAGGUCCGAGACAAAUUGCGAGUAUAUGCUUGGAUAGGAGGCGACCGGCCAGGUGAUGUAGAAGUACAAGCAAACGCUCGUAAAUCACAAGGCUUCAAUGCAGUCAAGAUGAAUGCGACCGAAGAUCUUGGGUGGCUUGAUUCCCCCAAGAAGCUUGAAGAAUGCGUGGAACGUGUGAAAACGGUAAAGGCACUGGGUCUUGAUGCUGGGGUAGAUUUCCACGGACGAGUGCACAAACCUAUGGCGAAGCAACUGGUCGCGAAGUUGGAACCUCAUGAUCCGUUAUUUAUCGAAGAGCCUUUAUUGAGCGAAAAUAUUGGGGGCAUUAAAGAUAUUGCAGCUCGUACACACUGCCCGAUUGCUCUGGGGGAACGACUUCACAGCAGAUGGGAUGUACGACCUUUCUUAGAAGCUGGGUGUGUGGAUAUUCUGCAGCCAGAUAUUUCCCACGUCGGUGGAAUAUCCGAGAUGCGUCGAAUCGCAUCUGCCUGCGAGACAUAUGAUGUGGCCUUAGCGCCGCAUUGUCCAUUAGGUCCGAUCGCAUUAGCGGCAAAUAUUCAGGUCGACGCUGUCAGCCCGAAUUUCGUGAUUCAGGAGAUGAGUCUUGGUAUACAUUAUAAUGUCGGUGGACAAGAUCUGACCAGCUAUACGUUAAAUCCGGAGGUCUGGAAAGUCACGGAUGGAUAUAUCGACCUCUUGAGUGGUCCUGGGCUCGGUAUUGAAGUUGACGAAGAUCAAGUUCGGGCUCUAUCGAAAGGUUCAAAAGCAUGGGUAAGCCCUAAUUUUUUCGGGCCAGGGGGUGAACUCCGAGAAUGGUAGUUGACAGAUCGACUGUGUAACGCAACUUCAUAAAAAUUAGAGGCUACCAAAAUAGGGGCCAAUACUUACUAGCAGAUACAUUAAAUUGCAUAAUUAUCUAAGCA